CUCUAUGUUACCCCUCUCCCCCUGCCUCCAGAGGCCACCACCUCUGGACAUCAGCCCCUCUGUGACAUCAUCCCCCGGCUGAGGGCACCGCUGGCAACUCGAGUGCUGCGGGCACCUUGUUGGCAGCUGCGCUGGAGGAGACAGGCCCUCACUCCUUGCAGCUGACUUGUGUCGCUGGUAGCGAUGAUUUUGCUGCGCCUGCUCAUCCUGCUGGCCCUGUGCAGGGCCGCCACAUCGAACACUUGCGGACAGGUUUGCGGGCUCCGGCCUGUGCCCUACAGCACGACGCGUAUCGUGGGUGGUGUAAAUGUCCCACCAGGAACCGGGGCCUGGGCUGGGAUAGUCAGCAUCCAGAGUAUUCGGACAGAAAAAUGGUCUAGCCAUAAAUGUGGAGGGACCAUCAUCAGACCAAAGUGGGUCCUCUCAGCUGCCCACUGCUUCAUCAACCGCACAAAUCCCCUCAGCGAGUGGGCUGUUCUAGCCGGUAUCAUUGGUACUGCUGAGGUGGGGCCUCAUGUGCAAUUGCGCCGGAUUAAGCAGGUGCAGUUGCAGGAGCUCUACGAUGGCCGUGGCCGUCUGCUUCAUGACAUCGCCUUGUUGGAAUUGGAGCAGCCCUUUGAGUGCACCCCCUCCAUUCAGCUCGCUUGUCUGCCUGGUCCCACGGUGACACUGUCGCCUCUGAACUGCUACGUUGCUGGCUGGGGUAGCACCCAGGCAAAAACUGUAGCUUCACAAGGAAGCAUCCUGAAGGAGGCCAAGGUGCUCCUCAUCGACACCCAGCUCUGCAACAGCAGCGACUGGUAUGGAGGGCUCCUCCUACCCGGCAACUUGUGUGCUGGGUACGAAAAGGGUGGCGUGAGCACCUGCAAGGGUGACAGCGGAGGGCCUCUCAUCUGCAAAGAUGGCAAAGCUGACAUCUUCUGGGAAAUUGGCCUGACCAGCUACGGAAUAGGUUGUGCCAGAGCCAAAAAGCCUACAGUUUUUGUCUCCACUCAGUACUACUACAACUGGAUCAUGAAACAUAUUGGCCAGAGCCCAGCUACUCCAGCACCAGUGCAACCCUGUCCAUUCCCACAUAAGAAGCUGCAGCAAUUCUUUGAUCUGCUGCAGGAGCUCUUGAAGUUCGUAAAGGCAGCAACAGCUUGAACAGCAGGAUGGAAAGGCUGUGGUGCAGGCUGUAGUGAGCCCGCACUCCUUCUCUGCAUGCACACAAAUGCUGAUGUUGACUUAGUUGUUGUUGUUGAAAUAAAGUUGCCUAUUUUCACCAUUAACCAUGU